UCAAGGUCGUCAUAGAGAUGGGAAGCUUGUGUUGUGAAACGCCUUUCUUCAUGGUCUUCUUUAUUCUCGUCCUCGUCGUCCAACACUCAAUGUUUCCCACAACCAAUUCUCAGCCAGACUUUACAUACCACAGCUGUUCCAACAAUGCCAACUACACCAACAACAGCCCUUUCAAGAAAAAUCUCCACAACGUACUUCUCUCCAUCUCUUCCAAAACCACCCAACUUGAUUACGGUUUGUUCUACAAUGCCACUUCUGGCGAAUAUCCUGAUCGAGCUACCGCUCUUGCUCUUUGCCGUGGAGGCGUUUCAUUAAAGCAAUGUAGAAGCUGUGUUUAUAACUCCACGCUGAGGAUUACUAAAGAUUGUCCAAAGCAGAGAGAAGCAGAGGGAUGGUACUCGGAUUGUCAAAUUCGUUACUCAAACAACUCUAUUUAUGGUGUCUUAGACACCACUAUCAAGUACGUGAGGUGGAACACUCAAAAAGCACUAAACCCACGUGGGUUCAAUAAGGUGCUGCGCAGUUUGUUUGAUGGGCUGGGGAGGGAGGCUGCGUCGGGGAGCUCUGUUCAGAAGUCGGCUUGGGGAGAUAAGAAGGUUCCAAGUUCAAACGUGGAUAUCGUAUAUGGAUUGGUUGAUUGUUUUCCUGAUUUGUCUUACUUGGAUUGUUUGGACUGCCUCAAUAGGCUUCAAAAUUUUCUUCGUACUUGUUGCAAUGACAGUAUGGGAGUUAGAAUAUUUGGAAUUAGUUGUCAACUCAAUUAUGACAAUACCCCCAUCUAUCCCUCACUUUUAUCUUCUCCUUCGCUUCCGCCGUCGCCAUUGCCAUCCUCAUCUCCGACACCAGCAGUAAACAGUAGCAGUACAGGUAGAAGUAGAAAUAAAAGUGUUGCAGUACUCGUUGUGGUGGCGAUAGUUCCUACUAUCAUUCUUCUUGUUGCCAUUUUCAUCAUUUUGAUAUUGAGGAAGCGAAAGCACAAAAGACCAUUAGACAACUUCGAAGGUGCAUCUCUUGAAGACACCGUUGCUGAAAUUAGCAGUGUGGAGAUGGUUCAAUUUGAUUUUGAUAGCAUUAAAGCCGCAACAAACAACUUCGCUAGUGAAAACAAGCUCGGACAGGGUGGGUUCGGAGUUGUUUAUAAGGGUAGGUUAGGUAUUGGACGACCUAUAGCUGUGAAGAGGCUUGCGAUCAAUUCACAACAAGGUGACCUUGAAUUCAAAAAUGAAGUUCUUUUGGUGCUCAAGCUUCAACACCGAAACUUGGUCAGGCUAUUGGGAUUCUGUUUGCAAGGAAGCGAAAGACUUCUCAUAUAUGAGUUUAUACCAAAUGGCAGCCUUGACAGCUUCAUAUUUGAUCUUGAGAAGCGGACACAAUUAGAUUGGAAAAGACGAUACAAGAUCAUAAAUGGCAUUGCACGAGGACUUCUUUACCUUCAUGAAGAUUCUCGCUUUCGAAUCAUACAUCGUGAUCUUAAAGCUAGCAAUAUUUUGUUGGACCAAGAAAUGAAUGCAAAGAUAGGAGAUUUUGGUAUGGCAAAAUUGUUCGACGUAGAUCAGACUCAAGGCAAUACAAAUAGAGUAGUUGGAACUUUUGGCUAUAUGGCUCCCGAGUAUGUAAAGCAAGGACAUUUCUCAGUAAAAUCAGAUGUUUUUAGCUUUGGUAUUUUGGUUCUUGAGAUUGUGAGUGGCAAAAAAAAUAAUAAUUCUCACUCGAGAGAACAUUCUGAAGAUCUUUCAAGCUUUGUAAGUAUAUCGAUCAUUUCAUUCUUAAACUCUCCUACAACGCUUGAAGCAACUAAAAACACACAGUAUUGUGAUUUUUUCUUAAAGGUGUGGACAAAUUGGAGGGCAGGAACAACUACAAAUGUCAUAGAUUCAACCCUUACGGUAGGUUCAAGGACUGAUAUGGAAAGAUGCAUUCAUAUUGGACUAUUGUGUAUUCAAGAAAAUGCAGUAGAUCGACCAACAAUGAAUUCAGUAGUUACAAUGCUAAGUAGUUCUUCUCUGAGUCUCCCUCUACCUCGUAAACCAGCAUUCUUCCUACAUAGUGCGACUACCAACAAUAACAUAGCAUCAGGGUCAGAUGGAAAUAGGCGUGGAAACCCCUCCAUUCAACCUUCAAUCAAUAACCUUUCAAUUACACAGAUCCAUCCUCGUUAAUUAGAUUAUUAUCUUUAACUUUAUGCAGAGUAUGUAAUUAUUUUGAAAGUUGCUUUUGAUUUUGAGGUUAAUGUAUUGUAGAUUAAGCAAAACAUUAAAUGUAAAUGAGCUAUUAUUCAAUAUGCAUUUUCUUUUUGUUGCUCAAUGAGCCACCAAAGGUAAGUAAAACAUUCUUUCA